CGGAACGUGUGCGUUACUGAGAGUUUUGUGCACUGGGUAGUACCGCGUCAAACUCGCACCAUUCCGUGUGGACCUCUCGAGGUUUUUAGAUUCGGUUGUUGAGAUUUCGACUAGUGAUUGUUGCGUGAAUUAGUGGAUGCGAACAGACGAGUAGAAGAUGCGCAUUGUACAACCAUGUUCGGAAGAGUAACCACCGAACAGAAAACAGCCAAAAAUUGUAAAAGUUCCUAUCAGUUAUUAAAACGGUGAAUGAAAGUGUAAGUGUGAUCAUACACCCAACAACAUGCCACGACCAUCUCGAGACAGCUACGGUGACCAGAAACCACCGUACUCGUACAUUUCGCUAACAGCAAUGGCCAUCUGGAGUUCACCGGAAAAGAUGCUUCCGUUGAGUGACAUCUACAAGUUCAUAACGGAUCGCUUUCCCUACUAUCGGAAAAACACCCAACGAUGGCAAAACUCACUGCGUCAUAAUCUAAGCUUUAACGACUGCUUUAUCAAAGUGCCAAGACGUCCAGACCGGCCUGGCAAGGGAGCAUACUGGGCACUACACCCACAAGCUUUCGAUAUGUUCGAGAAUGGUAGCCUGCUCCGACGGAGAAAACGUUUCAAGCUGCACAAAACCGACAAAGAUAUCCUGAAUGAAGAGCUCGCUGCUCUAGCCAACAUUAAUCGGAUAUUUUUGGCUCAGAACUCCGGUGCCGACUCGUACUGCCCGUCAAUGGUAGACCCAAUCCAUCAACCGCUGCUUCAUUCUCCCAUCGAACCACUGUCGCCGGUAUCGGCACCAGCUCCGAUCUCCCCCGUUUCCAUCACAGAAAUCACCACACCUUUGCGACCAAAGCGAGCCUUCACAAUCGAAAGCCUCAUGACCCCGGACGGUAGAUCAACUCCGAUGCAUCAUAUUCCCAAAAAAUCAUCGAAAUCAUCAAUCGACAAGCUCAACCUCUUGGACGACAGCCCCCGAAUACCGGGACUACAUCAAAGUACUACCCUUCCACCGGCCACAACACUGCCCGGGGUUCAUCUUCCCCCGUUUCUUCCCUAUCCACAUCCGAUGCUGAACGCCUACGAUCUACCAAUCCAUCCGCUACUCAUGAUGGCCCCCCUCGGUGCGAUUCCUCCUCACUACUUUCAUCACACCUCAUAUCAUAAUCUAACGAUACCGCCGGGAGCAGGUGGUGGCGGUGGUGGCCGAGCCGCGGGGGAUACCGGGACCGGUUCCAGUGGUGACGCUGCUGGACCCACCGAUCUGAGCCGGCUGGGACACGCGCUGCGAACCGUGUGAACACUCACCGUAAGCUGCGCUAGCAUCAUCCUAUGUGUACGCGUGACAAAUCACUCUAACUUGCGAUAGAAGGCUGUUUGUUGUUUACUGUUUCGGAGUUUUUGUUUUGUAUCAGUAAGUGUAAUAAUAAAUAGUUCGAUAGGUAGCUAUAAUUUCCUUCCAGUUUUAUUUUUUCCCCGUGGAAGGAACGACUGCAAAGUAAAUCUAACUGGAAAAAUCUAAUCUAACCUAGCAGAUACGUAAAGAGAGCAAAAUGUGGACUAGAAUGUACAUAAGUCGAACUUGUUGUAAAUGUGUAUUUAUGUAGAACUUACGUUUGAAACGCAUUAUUUCUUAAGAUUACAUAAAAAUACUACACGAAGCUGCAAUCGAAGCUUUACUGAAUAUUACUGAAUGUGGCAAAAUCGUGCUGAAACGAAAUACUAACUAAAUGUGGUUCGCAUGUAAGAUCCUAUACAACUAUUUAAUGCCAA